UGCAGAACCACUCUGCGACUAGGCUGACCCAGUUCUGUUUAUGCUGGUUGUCUUUAUUCAUUGUCGGGGGGUAAACUCCUGAGGAGCGAAUGAAGAAACAAAUUUUGCUUUUGUUCAAUUUCAGAGGACUAGUAAGCAAAGGGAAAAAGGGUAAAAAAAGAAAAUGGCCAGUUUUAUAUUACGGAGAGCUGAACCAAAGGACGUGUCCGAUAUCUUGCGACUCAUAAAGGAACUUGCUAAAUUUGAAGAGAUGGAAGAGAAGGUGAUACUGACAGAAAAAGAAUUACUUGAAGAUGGUUUUGGAGAUCAUCCGUUCUACCACUGCUUGGUUGCUGAAGUACCAAAAGAGCAGAGCUCAGAAGAGUACACUGUGAUUGGCUUUGCAAUGUAUUACUUCACGUAUGACCCUUGGAUUGGGAAGCUGCUCUAUUUGGAAGACUUCUUUGUCAUGCAAGAGUUUCGGGGUCUUGGCAUUGGCUCAGAGAUCCUGAAAAGACUUAGUGAGACGGCAGUGAAGACUCGAUGUAGCAGCAUGCAUUUCAUCGUAGCAGAAAACAACACCAAGUCGAUCGAGUUCUACAAGAGAAGAGGUGCUGCUGAUCUCUCCUCUGAGGAAGGCUGGCGUCUCUUCGAGAUCGACAAGGCUGACCUGCUGAAGAUGACUUCCAAAUAGAGUUCGCUGUUCAUUAACCUGCAGUGAUUGUUGACGAUGUGAUUGCAUUAAUUCUGUUGUGUUUGGUCAAAAGCUUGGCACUUGCUUAAUAAAUCAUUUUACCAGGCAACUGUUACCUUUGAUAAUAAAACAUUUCUGCUACUUUCUGCUGUGAUCUGAAAGUUAGACUGGCCUCUGCUGUUCAGUGAGCAAACAUUGAGAUUUUAGAAUAAUGCAGUAAUUGUAUAGAGAUAUUUCUCAAUUGAAUACGGUUUAGGGGCCUGUAAAAGGAAAACAGUGAGAAAAAUAACUAGAUUUUUUUUCUUCCUUUGUAACUAAUCAUCACAAAGCCCUGUGUCAUCUUGUGAGUCUUUUUUGGUUCUUGAUUUCUGGGAUGAAUAUCUGUUUGCGGAGGUGAUUUUGUUAAUUAACUGUUUUGCAACAUGUUUUCCAUGUAUUUCAAUAAAUCUAAACAUUUUUAAACUAA